CCUAAAAAAUUCUCAAGGUUUGAUUUUUAGAUUUUCCUUUUAAAAUAAGUUCAAAAUAUUUUUCGAGAUUUUAUCAAUGCACCUUUUCAUCACUUUUCAAGAGAAAUUAACCAUACCAGGGAUUUGGGAAAAUAAACUUCAGCAACUGGAUUUCUCUGCGACUUGGUCCAAGCCCAGUAAUAAAAGCCGAUUGCACCCGUCCCGCCCUUAUAUCUAUUCAAAAAAGCCCCAUCAUCUCUCGGUAAAAGCAAACGGUGAUGGAAGGGAGGGAAGCUCAUAUUUGGAGUUUACAGAGAUCGAGACCACCACUGACUCGAUCGAUAACUGGGUUAUCUUCCAUGUCACUAGAAGCGUUAUAGGUUUUGUUCUCUAUAUGCAUCAGAAAAUCCCUUCUUUAUCCGUUAGACGAGAUCACCUUAGCAGAAUGAGAGAGGUGAAGUGUGGGAUUAGGAGACUGGAGAAAUUGGUGAACACGGGGGGUGGGCUCGAGAGCGUGUUGCCACUCAUAAUUAGUGAGGUUUUUUGCUUUGAGGAAGUAAUUUUAGUGCUUGGAGCUAGUCCAAUACAGCCCCAGCAUGUACAUGAAUCGUGUUUUUUGCGUGGAAAUGUUGUCGCAGGCGAUGAUGGUGGUUUCACUAAAAGCAAAGUUGCAGAAGGGCUUCAAGAAAGGUUUUGUGAGAGUGUGUGUUUUGUUUGUGGUCUCAUAAAGGCAAAUUCGAAAAUAUUUGAUAAUGGUUUAUACUUUAAAUGUCUUUCAACGGCUGCUCGUGCCUUGAUCUCAAAGGGUGCUGGAUCAAGUUCCUAUCCGGGUCCUACUAAAUUGUUUCUGUUGGUGAAAGCUCCAGCUUCUUUCAAUUUGCCUCUGCAUUUUCUUCCAAAACGUGACUUCAGAUACUGUAAAAAGGCGUGGAUUGGGCUACACAAAUAGCAAAAUAGAUUUACUCUUAGUUGCAUGUCUUACAUUCUAUGAUAUCAAAGAUCACUUUAAGAAACAAUCACUAACGCAACCAUAACAACAUCAAGCAUCCUACUUAGCUCAGAAAUGUAAAUCCACCUUUUUUAACCUUUGAAUUGGCUAAUAAUGUUUUGAUCUUUGCUCUACGCUUAGAGAAAAUCAUGUUAAUGUAGCAAUGAAUUUCAUACAAUUACAUUAAUUUUGGCUGCAUUCUGUUUAUUGAAUGCAUGCGCCAUCCUGACCUUGACAGUUCUCAAGCACAUCUUUUCUUCAACUGUUGAGCAUCAUUGUAUGAAGUUCUGUAGCCAUUCAUGUGUGUCUUUCUACAUUACGUACAAUAUCCUGCAAGUUCUCUAUCUGAAGCCUUGAGGACGCAUUCGUAAACAAAAAAAAAAUCUUCUUGACAUUUUUGGAUUAAUCAAAAUGCAGUAUAGCUGAGAUCAUAAUAUCAGUGCUUCUCAUCCGUUGUAUUGGUGGGAGCACUAUUGUAUUCAUACUCUGACUCCUCUAUAUUACGAGCAGCAUGCAUCAACAUCAAAUUAUUGUUUUAUUUGAUUACUUUCUUGUUUUUUUAGCAGAUUGUGCCUUCCAGACUGCUGUUUUGAUAUAAUUAAUAGUUUUUGAAUUAUCUGACCUUGUGAGCUUCAAGUUUAGUAGAUGAUUGAAAUGUGUUUGACUCUGAUGGUGAGAACACAUAGCAGUUGAAUAACUUGAAGAGCAGAAAAUGAAAUUCAAUAAUGCGUGAACCACCCCAAAAUGAACAGUGUGAAGGUUUCGUCUUGUCAGCUUCAUGGUCAGAAAUGAGGAAGGAGUGGGAAUUAUAGUCCAGGAUCAUUUGGUUUCAAUGUCGCCAUGUAGUCAAGGGCCUCGCAUCCAAGAUCCUAACUGAAGAAUGAGUCUCUUCAUCAUUGUAAAGAGCAGCUUUUCUUGUGCCGCCUCUGAUCAUGCUUCACUUUAACUACGAUGUACCUAUGCAGCAUUGCUUCCCCUUUGGGAAUUAGUAAGUCCACUCUUCGGGAAGAAAUGUCUCUGGCGACGAAUUCUCGUUAUUUGAUACAACACUACAUUGUGUUG